UCUUGCAGGGCGAAAUAUUUUAUAGCUGCUCCAAAUCUGCUUCGUGUGGGCGUCGAAGAAACAGUAUCAAUUUCUGUCUUCGAUGUGAAUGUUGACGUCGACAUUCAACUUUCGCUUCAAGACUUUCCAAACCGGAAGAGAACAUUCUCUCAAGUUAGAGGAACGUUUAGAAAACGUACGUAUUUUGCCCUUGAAAUUUGUUAAUACUUGUUGUGGUUUUAGUUUCGUUUCUGGACCAUUUGCUAAUUGUUUUUAUAUUGUAUUUUUCUUUAAUUAGAACAACCUGGACUUUUGAAAAUAAAGGUGGGUCGAAGAGCCAAUUGAUUGUAUUGCCGAUCUUUGCAAGGAAGCACUGGUUAAGGAGUCAGGAGUGGCCAUUUUGUUUUAGAGUUUCCAAACCCCCUAGAUUUUCUCCGGUAUAUCCGUUUCGCCCUGUAAUAGCACUUGGCCUACCUUGUUGCCUUGCUGGACUAGAGACUGUAGAGAGAACAGUUUAGAACUGAUAGAGCUGUUCAGUAUAAAUAAAGAUAUUUUAGGUUUCCUUUAUUAACACUGGAUCAAUAAGAGAUGAUCCUAACUGAACCUCUAGGGAGAGCAGUUUAGAACUGAUAGGGCUAUAAGUAAAUUUAGUUUAGUUUAGGUUUCCUCCUGUAGUAACACUUGUCUGGAUCAAUAAUUAAGAGAUGAUCCUUACUGGACCUCUAGGGAAAACAGUUUAAAAUUGAUAAUAAAAGCUAUCAAGUAUAAGCAAAUUUAGUUUAGUUUAGGUUUCUUCCUGUAGUACUGGAUCAAUAAGAGAUGAUCUUUACUUGACCUCUAGGGAGAGCAGUUUAGUUUAGGUUUCCUCCUGUAGUAACACUGGAUCAAUAAGAGAUGAUCCUUACUGGACCUCUAGGGAAAACAGUUUAAAACUGAUAAUGAAAGCUAUCAAGUAUAAAUAAAGUUUAGUUUUGUUUAGGUUUCCUCCUGUAGUAACAUUGGAUCAGUAAUUAGAGAUGAUCCUCAUUGGACCUCUAGGGGGAACAGUUUAAAACUUAUAGAGUUAUCCAGUAUAAAUAAAGUUUGCAAGUGUUGGUUGUAUUUAUUGAAUUACAUAUUAUUUUCUUUGUAUACUUCCCUCAGGUGAACGCGAAAGACCUACAUGACCAGAAGUCUCUGGACAAACAAUACGUUUAUCUUAAAGCAAGCUCAAGCACGCCCGGAUUUCAGUUCAACAAUGAAAUCAAGGUUCUUGUCAGCUAUCAGAAUUCCAUGGUCUUUAUCCAAACUGACAAACCCAUCUACAACCCAGGUCAAACAGGUAUAAAUAGCAAUGAUGUACGGAGUCUCAUCCAAAAUCAUUAAAUGUCUGAAAUCAUUACUGAAUUAAAAAUUAUUUUGUUUAGUCAACCUGCGUGUCGUUCCUCUUGGCCUCGAUCUAAAAGCCUCGAUGAAUAAUGUAAGUAUUUAUUUGUCAUGUGUAGGUGAUGUUUUUACAAGUAGACCUUAUAGGAGUUAUCCAAUUAAGUUCUUUGUAGGUUUGCACUUUGCAUGGCGAUAAAAGAUAUAAUAUUUUGUUUGUGGAAACACCACGUAUAGAUUUAUUACUGCAAAGCUUUCGAUCCGUAAGCCCGGAUCUUCAUCAGUGCUAAUAAUUUGAGUUAUCCUAGUAUUCAUAAUUUGAAUGCCCGAGCACUAUGCUGAACCUACAGUCUGUAAAAAUAUUGACAGGGUCAGGGUGCAUGUAUUUAAAAGGAGGCCUUUAGAAAUUAAAAUAUCCUUGUGAAACACAAGACUAUUUUCUGCUUCUGGGAAAGAUAACUUCUAAUAACAUAAAGGAGCAUGCAUAGACUGCAUCAAAAUUGUCAAAUUACUAUAAUUAGUCAUACCACCAGUUCAGUACACAAUUCAUGUGUUGGACGAAACAAAAUUAAAGUUUUGACUUUUAAAUAACUGCAGAAAAUUUUCCUCUUCUGUUUUACGCACCAGUAGGUUCAGCUUAGUGCUCAAGCAUUCAAAUUAUAACAAUAAGGUAAAUUUCUAAAGGUCUUCCUUUUUUUGAGACAUCCUGUAUAACCAAGUUCUUUUUAUUUUCCGUUAUAGGUGACAAUAGAAGUGCUGGUGAGGACUUUGCUAUAUACGAACGCAACAGAAAAUAUAUGCCGUUGUCUUUUUUCGUUUUCUUCGGCGAUUGUAGUUUUUCUCGUUCUAACAUAGUGACUGUUUUGUUGAUAUUAUAUUUCAGAAUCCCCAAGGUAUUCGUGUGGAAAGAUGGGGAAAUCUUAACACAAAUGAAGGUCUGCGUUUUUCUAUUGUGAUAUUGGUAUUUAAUAAUACUCUAAUAAUACCUUUCUACAUAAUGUUUUCAUGUACAUUCCGAAUUAAUAAGUACAUAAUCAGCAAUAUGGUUUCUCGUCCAAUUUGGAAAAACAAGCGCUCGCUCGUGAUUUUUUCAAUGACUUCAAAUUGGACUCGUUCUACAGACUUUUUCAAUUUUGAUCGUCUUUGAAAAAUUCAUUGGUGCAUUUUUUCUACUAAUUGUACUCGAAACCAUGCUACUACCAAUGUAGUAUACAACGUUUUGCGUUUGUUUCCAGGCUUCUUCUCGCGUCGCUUGGAUUUAUCGGACAACGUGAUGCUUGGGAUGUGGACUAUUAGUGCCUUAUAUGGCCAUGGAGUGAGUGCAACAAUAUCACCUAAGGCCCAUUUACACUUGCAAUUUUUUCUGCGAUUUCUAGUGCGAUUUUCGUCUUCUGAUGCGAUUAGGCGAAUACAUGUACCCUCCUCGUCUGAACAUUCAAAACUCAUCCCCUCAUUCAGACUUAUCAGAAGAAGAAAAAACGCACCUCAAAUCGCAGCAAAAAUGUGCUCAUUGCAGCUUUUACCUACGUUUAUAUGAUCCUGCUAUCUUUUCUGUAAUCACUGUUUUUUUAUUGUUUCUACAGCUGGUACAAAAUGCUUCGAUACAAUUUGAGGUCCGAGAGUACGGUAAGUCCAUGCGUGAUUUUGCGUACUUUUUAAUUCAAGCAAUUGAAAACCGUGCGAAUUUUUUUCUGAUUCCGCGCUGUUGUAAAACUGCAGUACAUAUAUACUAGAACAUUAAAGCGACGGCUCUUACUGGAACAGUUUAGAACUGUAGAGCUGUUUAGUUCACGUUUCUUCCUGUAGUAACACUGGAUGAAAUUAGGAUGAUCCUUACUGAACCUCGAGGGAGAACAGUUUAGAACUGAUAGAACUAUCCAGUAUAAAUAAUUUAGUUGAAAUUUUUUCCUAUAGUAACACUGGAUCAAUAAGAGAUGAUCCUUACAGGACAUCUAGGGAGAACAGUUUAGAACUGAUAGAGCCAUGCAGUACAAAUGAAAUAAUUUUUGCUUAGAUAUAAAGAUAUUUUCGGAAACGGUUUAUUGAAUAUUUUCAGUAAUUGUAUUGUCACAUUCCUUGCAGUUUUGCCGACAUUUUCUGUGAAGAUUGAACGGCCACCGUACAUUUUGGAAAAUGAUCCGUCAUUCACAAUAAAAGUUAUAUCAAAGUAUGGAAUUUCAGUAACAUGUUUAAAAAAUUUUGCAUGGAACUUGCAUACUUCGUCAGGAUCAUGUUUCAUUAAAAUAUGAAAUUAACAACACCGCUAUACAGAACAUUAAUAUAUGUUGUGCAAAAGGCGAAGACGAAAUUUAUUUUUGGAGCACAUUCAUGAUUUAUUGAAAUCACUCAUAAUGCUUGCCAAAAUAUCUCAUUCAAGGUACACCUAUGGUAAACCUGUCCUUGGAACAGUUCGCAUGGAUCUUGCUGUCCUUGACGAUGCUGGGAAAGCUGAAAGAUUUAGUAUGUCUGUACACCCGGUAAGCAUUAACAAAAUUUCCAGUGCUUUCCUAAAUCAUACCAUUAUCAAUGCCAUACCAUACCAUUGCUGGCCACACUACACUAUAUCCUACCAUUAAUAAUAAUAGUACAUCAUUCUUACAACAACAUACCAUACUGUACCUUACAAUACUAUACUAUACCAUACCAUACCAUACCAUACCAUUACCAUACCAUACUAUAUCAUACCAUACUGUACCAUACCAUACCAUACUGUACCAUACCAUACUAUACCAUACCAUACCAUACCAUACCAUACCAUACCAUACCAUACCAUACUGUACCAUACCAUACUAUACCAUACCAUACCAUACCAUACCAUACCAUACUGUACCAUACCAUACCAUACCAUACCAUACCAUACUGUACCAUACCAUACCAUACUAUACCAUACCAUACCAUACCAUACCAUACUGUACCAUACCAUACCACCCUACACAAUAACACAUCAUAUUUACCAUCCAUAUCAAUCAUACCAUAACACACCAUCUCAAACUCAUUAAUAAUUCAGGAGUAAAUUAGCCAACCAUAUUACUUUAUUUUGCUCACAUGUAUGGUAAUACUGGAUACUGUACCUGGUGAAGUAUAUUGAUCCAGUCCUGGGACUCUAUCAAAAUUAAUUCCGUCCUUGGACUGGAUCAAAAUUAAUUCACCUCACUUUAAGUAAGAUUUAUUCGUACGAGAUGUCAUUGCAAAUCCUCGGACUGGACUAGAUUUCAAGUCCUACAAUUUUGAUACAGAUAGAUACAGAUAUUUCACAGCACACUCCCUAUAUCAGGGCUUUUCAGUGACUGGUUACAUUAUGAAUAGAUAGAUAGAACCGGACUGACGUGAAGCAGACCGAGGUAGACUUUGAGCUUACAAAUGGCGCUUGAGCAGCUGCCGCUUUUAGUCCAUACCUCAUUAAUGAUCUGCCUCCAGACCUAUGUGCCUAACCCACCCUGUCAACUUUCCCUGUGGGAGGAAACACGGAGUGCCCGGAGAAAACCCACGACUUUCGGCAGAGCGUUGACUUUUACUCUUUUCACAUGAGGACUGGGUUCGAGUCACAUUGAGAAGUUCUCACUGAGAUUCGAACCUGCGACCUUAGAGGUGAAAGGCAAGUGCACUAACCACUUGGCCACCGAAGCCCCUCCUUGGCUUCGCCUCGGGCUUGAUCAAAUUGCGCGGACUUACCAUACCAUAUCAUACCAUCCCAUUACAUCACACCAAACCAUUUCACACCUCACUGUACUAACAAGCCUUCUUCUUUCUAUUUUACUAGCUACGUAAUGGAGAAGCUGAUGUUACCAUAUCGACAGAUCUACUUAAGCAACAUCCCAAAAUAGUUUGGUUUCCUGAUGGGAAACGAUUAUUUAUUGAAGCGAAAGUUAUCGAACAAGCGACAGGCCAGGAAGAAAAGGCCUUGGAUAAUACUGUAUACUUUACAAAUACUCCUCUGAAGAUCAGCUUUAAAAGAUCGCCAAGAUUUUUUAAACCCGGAGUACCUUUUGAAAUUAAGGUAGAAUAUUACCGCGAUUACCGAAUACUUGAAAAAAUACAAAGGGGUGACGGAGCGAUUCUGUGAUAUUUGAGUCGCGUCCUUCGUCAUUAUCCUGACAUUUUUUAUGUGAUACAAUUUUUUUUUGCAGGUCGAUGUAUCCUACCCGAGUGGGAAGCCUGCCAAAAAUAUUGAUCUUGAGAUUGAUGCGAAAACUAACGACGGAACAGCAGUGUUGGAACGCGUGGCUGGCGGUAAAGCGAGCGGGGAUACAACAAACCAACUUGGUCAUGGCAGAUUCGUGGUUGAUGUCCCCAGGACAUUCACCAUAUCAUUCCUCGAUAUUAAAGUAAAUAUUUCUGAUGUGUUUAUUUGUUAUUUACAGUGGUUGUGUUACACUGUAUGUAAUAUAAUUUGUUUGUUUGUUUGUUUGUUUGUUUGUUUGUUUGUUUGUUUGUUUGUUUGUUUGUUUGUUUGUUUGUUUUGUUUGUUUGUUUGUUUGUUUGUUUGUUUGUUUGUUUGUUUGUUUGUUUGUUUGUUUGUUUGUUUGUUUUGUUUGUUUGUUUGUUUGUUUGUUUGUUUGUUUGUUUGUUUGUUUGUUUGUUUGUUUGUUUGUUUGUUUGUUUGUUUGUUUGUUUGUUUGUUUGUUUGUUUGUUUGUUUGUUUGUCUCGCUCUCCUUUCUUUGUGUUUAUGUUCCAUGUUUUCUCGUUAACACUUUCGUUUACUUACACUAUUUAAACAACGAAAUACACUUUUUGUUAUUUAGGUGAAGGCUAAGAUUAAUAAAGGGGGACAAGACAUCAUUUCACAAGGACGAUUCCAGCCAAAAAUGUAUCAAUCCAGUGGAAACAACUAUUUGUUUGUUCGAUUCCUAACUAAACCCAGAGUAAGCAAAGUUUUGACCACAUGACGUACCUCCAAACAAAUUAGUCAUCUUAAUUUUCUCGCCCGGAAAUCCUUCAACGAACGUGUGCGAGAUAGUCAAACUCUCUGCGGUCGGGGUUGCUUUACAGUUGUCAAAUUAUGAUUUCCUCUCGUGCACAUGCGAGAUGAUUCCUUCAGAUUUGACUGUAACCAAAUUCUUCAUACACUUCAGUUUCCUCUUUGAGUAACAAUGGACCAAUCAAGGACAUUGCAUUAUAUUGGUCGUCUGUAAGGAACGAUUUUAGACAGAAUUGGUAGAACUAUCUACUAUAAAUUGUACCAAAUUCACGGACGAUUUCCUCCUGUUGUGCAGUGUUCCACCAUAAGUAAGAGAUGGCCUUUACUGGGCAUAUUUACAUGUUACAUUAUAACUCAUUUCUAGGUUGGACAAUCAGUUGAUGGCGAGGCGUUUGUUCUGUCCAGUGGACAGCCAAGCUCAUUGACGUAUAUGGUGAGAUAAAAUAUUUUUAUUCGUCUUAUUAUUGUUCUAGUUGGUGUAUGAAGAUGUUGUUUUCGGAAAAAUUCUUUCAAUCGUUGAAAUGCAAAUUUAGCAAUUGCAAUAAAUAAUUUUAACAUUGUGAAUGUAACAUAGGAGUUCAUAGUUGAUUAUUCAAAGGGUGUCGAAUUGUGACAAUAACUACCAUCUGAAAACCAAAAACAAGUGAUUUUUGAUAGAAAUUUCUUUGCUUUUUCCUAACCUGCAUUCAUCAAAAUCCUGACGUUUUUUUUUUUUCACAACAAGACUUUCAUCCAUUCUUAAUAAUAUACUGCAGUAAACAAACUUUAGUUAGCUGACUACCAAUUAAGAAUUCCUACAAUUAAGAACACAUAUCAUCACAGGACCAGUCAGCGCGUCUUUUUAUUGAUUUACCUGUAAAAAUUAGCAACUGUGAAAACUACAGAGUAUUUUGUAAAGAGGCCAAGAAUUUCUUAGUCUUGAAACCAUGCAUUGUCAAGAUUUGGCUAAGCUAUCAAAUUGCCCAUAUUAUUUGUAUAUAGUUAUAUAAUUAUAAAUAGUUUGUUUUAACUUGUAAUACAAUACUCAAUAGUAAUUUUACAUGUAAAACUUUGUCCUGUCGAACACGUUAACGGCUAUAUUGCAAUAGUAUUCGCGUACAUAGUUUGUAGAAUUUGUAUAUAAUUUAAUUGUAUUUGUAUAGUUUGGUAAGCGAAGAGUUAUUCUGGGGAUGUAUUUCCAAUAAAUCGUUAUUAUUGUUACUAUUAAUGAAGCCACAAACUGGGCACACUCACCACACAGGAAAUGUUGUCAAAACCUGUCAAUGUUUGUAAAAUUAUUCUUUUAACCGUCCACUUUUUUACAACAGACACUGACUUAAAAUAAUUUUGACAGCCCUGCGACAGAUUUUCAGGGGUAAUUUCAAAUGAUGUUUUUUUCCUCAUGUGAUAUGUGUUUUCCUAGGUUGUCGCAAACGGCCGUAUUAUCAAUCAAGGCACAAUCGCUAGAAAUCUUGGUGUUUUGACAACCAUCAGAAUACUUGUGACCUCCGCAAUGUCGCCCCAGGCACGAUUUGUCGCUUAUUAUCGUGUGAACAAUGAACUGGUUGUCGACAGCGCCAUCUUGGAAGUUGAAGAAGAAUUGCCCAACCAGGUGCGUAGCACACACGUAAAAACGCACAAGUUGUAACAAACCUGCAGCAGACUUGUAGCAAUGCUGUUCCAACAACUUGUCAACAGGAUGUGUUCGCACUGCUUGUUUCCAGCUUGUUGACAAGUUGUCGACGACUUGUUGUCAGUUUGCUACAAGGUUGUUGAGCUCAACAGACUUGUUACAAACUGUUCCAACAACUUGCUAUCGUCCUGCAAUUCAACAAUUUGUCAACAAGUUGCGAGUGACAACCUUGUAGCAACUUGAUAAAAUUACAGCAUUCUUACAACUUGUUGACAAGUUUAUUACAAGACUGUUGCGAACACAUCUUGUUGACAAGUUGUGAGAUUUUUACGUGAUUACAUUUUGGUUAAAUGUGGAUGAAAAGAGCAAUAAAGUAUUAAAAAUUAAUAUAUUUUAGUUUCCCUCUAUAUAUAUUAUUACGCUGAAUGGUCUGUACUAGACCUCUAGCUAGGAAGAACAGUUUAGAACUGAUUAGACUAUCCAGUAUAAAUAGAGUUUGUUUUGUGUAUACAAUAUAUAUUUUGUACAACUUUGUUAUUAUAUUUUCAGGUCUCAUUUCUUGGAGAUCAGCACCCUCAAAAAAUACCGGGAGAUUCUCACAAGAUUGAGAUACAAAGCAGUCCGCAUUCAAAAGUUGGUAUAUUGGCUGUUGACCAGAGUGUGUACCUACUGAGAAAUGAUAAACAUCUCACCAGUGAUGAGGUAAAUGUGCAUUUUUAAUUUAGUUUAGGUUUCCUCCUGUGGUAACACUGGAUGAAUACGAAACGAGCCUUACUGAACCUCGAAGGAGAACAGUUUAGAAAUGAUAGAGCCAUCCAGUAUAAAUAUUGUUAGUUUAGUUUAGAUUCCCUCCUGUAGUAACACUGGAUCAAUAAGAGAUGAACCUUACUGGACCUCUAGGAAGACGAGUUUAGAACUGAUUGAGCUAUCCAGUAUAAAUGAAGUUAGUUUAGUUUAGAUUUCCUCCUGUAGUAACAUUAGAUGAAUAAGAGAUUAUCCUUACUGGAGGGUCUUUAAGGAGAAAAGUUUAAGACUUAUAGAGCUAUCCAAUUUAGUUUAGGUUUCGUCCUGUAGUAACACUGGAUGAAUAAGGGAUGAUCCUUACUGGACCUUUAGGAAGAACAGUAUAUAACUGAUAGGGAUAUCCAGUAUAUAUAAAGUUAAUUUAGUUUAUAUUUCUUCCUGCAGUAACACUGGAUCAACAAGUGAUGAUCCUUAGUUGACCUCUAAGAAGAACAGUUUAGAACUGAUAUCCAAUGUAAAUAAAGUUAGUGUAGUUUAGGUUUCCUCCUGUAGUAACCAUUCAAUAUAUUCUCACUACUCUUUUGUUUCAGGUAUACAAGAGAAUGAAAUCUCACGACCUCGGAUGUGGUUCAGGCGCAGGCCAGAAUAAUAAGGAUGUACUAAACGUAAGUUUUUGGUAAAUGCAUGGACCCAAUAUGCACCCUUGUGGUACACCAUAGAUAUUCAUUAUUUUAUUCUUUUUCAAGCGAGGUGGUCUUGCUGUGAUGACAACCAUCAAUAAUAUAAAAACUGAUACCCGUCCAGGUGAGUUAUUGCAGUGAAAGCUGUGGUACACGUUAUAAUUAAUCGCUGUAACAAGUUAGCAAGAAACAUAUUGUUAAAUACAGAGGCGAGAGAAAUUAUCCGUUGUGUAAAGUUAGUAUUACUUACAAGCUGGCAAAUAAUAGAUAUUUCUGCAAGAUCUAACAUAAUUGUAUAAAUCGAGGCCCUGCAGAAAUAUCUAUCAUUAACCCUUGAGGUUCGAAACAGCUUGGUAUGUGAACGAACAAACAUUUCCUUUGGUAACAAAAUAAUCUUUAUUUUCACGUUAGAUUAUUCAUGCGCUGCCGGUGCAAGAAGAAAACGCAGAAAUGCAGGUACGAUGGUGAAAUCGGUUCGAUAAUUUUUCCUUGCCAAGGUCAAGGAGUUUUGUUCCAAAGCUAGUCACGCCAGCUUUUGAACAAAGAAAAUCUGUUCGUGUUUACGGCCGCCAAGGAAAACUUGACAAGUGUACAAGAAAUAUUUUUAUGGUUUUGGCAAACAAAAGGCGACCUUGAUGUGAGAUAAAUGUUUAACAACAUUCCGUGCACACGAGCUACAAAAUUUGUCAUGGAAAACUUGUCAAGGAAAACUUGUUGACUGUACACACAAGAAAGUAAACUUGUCAAGGAAAACUUGUUAUAUAAUAACUACAGUGAAACACGCACUUUGAUUGGUUAAUAGCGGUGCAGGAUCAGGCUAUCCUGCACGAGGAAUUAAAAUGCCUUCGCGGGAUUUUCGCGGGAUUCUCAAAAUGUCAUUGUUUCACUGUAGUUAUUUUAUAAAACAAUUACCAAAUGGUUUUCCAAGCAAGAUAGCGUGAUCCAUGCACUUGGGAUGUUGCUCGACUUUCGGAAAGCGUAAAAAUACACUCGCCUGCGGCUCGAGUAUUUUUACGCUUUCCGAAAGUCUCGCGACAUCCCUCGUGCAUGGAUCACGCAAUUCUGCACGGAAAACCAUUCGGUAUUCCUUGAUUGACUGUACACACGAGAAAGUAAACUUGUCAAGGAAAACUUGUUGACUGUACACACGAUAAAGUAAACUUGUCAAGGAAAACUUGUUGACUGUACACACGAGAAAGUAAACUUGUCAAGGAAAACUCGUUGACUGUACACACGAGAAAGUAAACUUGUCAAGGAAACUUGUUGACCGUACACACGAGAAAGUAAACUUGUCAAGGGAAACUUGUUGACUGUACACACGAGAAAGUAAACUUGUCAAGGAAAACUUGUUGACCGUACACACGAAAAAGUAAACUUGUCAAGGAAAACUUGUUGACCGUACACACGAGAAAGUAAACUUGUCAACUAAGGAAACUUGUCAAGAAACGACCCUACACAGCUUUUAAUGCCAUAUAUACUCUUUUCUUUCCAUAUGUUCAGUCGUCGUUGUCGAUCCGCAAUGUUGUCAACUUGGUGAGAAAGUAGAUGCAGGAACAUGCCAAGCUCGUGCGAUGAACUUUUCAAUCUCAAAUCAAUCAUCGUCAUUUCACCCACGUGAUGACUGCGUGAUACAGUUCUAUAAAUGUUGUUACAAGAGAUUUGAAAUGGGUAAGGACUAAGGACACGCUAGGCAUAAAAUGCAAGGGAGGGCUUUAAGGAAGGAAUUGAUAACAGUAUUAGAAUUAUUGUCAUCUUUUGUGUACAGUUUUUUCUUGGCCAAUUAAGCUUAGUAGCAGUAUACUUUAACUUCUUGUCAAAGGGAUAUCUGUCAAGAAGGCAUGGAUAGUAUAAAAGUAGGUUAGAAUGGGCGGCAAUAUUUCCAAUGAACAAAUCUCCUUCGUGGUAUUUUUGUUGUAGCUAGUUCUUAGUUUUUAUGCAAUAGUUAAACUUACAAAUCUGACUUUAAUAGGAUACAGCUCAGGCCCGUACCGCCCAUAAAACUACAGCAUACUGCAUGUAGCCAAUUUGUACAUAACCUGGCUACAAGGUAUACCGAGAUUCGGCGUACUUUAUAGCCACAAAUCUUGACUAUAUAAGGUAUGCCAAAAACAGAGUACUUUAUAUAGCCACAACCCGUGGUCUAGUAUGUUGUAGGUUUAAGGUCUCAUGGGCGUACCGGGCGGGGGGGGGAGCGGUAGCCCCCCCCCAGUUUUUUGGGCAGUCGGGCAAUAUUCGCUGAACAGUCGGGCAAUUUUGGUUAAUUAAAAAAUAAAUGGGACAAAUUCUGUAAAUUUUUUGGAAAAUUUUGUGAAGUUUCCCAAAAUUUUGUAGGUUCCGGACAAUUUUGUUAUGUCCGGAAAAAUUUUUUGACCCCUAAAAUGGUACACUGACCGAAAUUUUUUUGGCGAGGGGGGGGCAAAAUCCGGAAAAGUCGGGCAAAUUUUUUGCCGCCCCCCUAAAUUUUUCCUUCCGGUACGCCCAUGUAAGGUCUAGUAUGUUGUAGAUCAUGAAUGAACUUGUCAACUGUUGAGAUUUGGUCGGUAAACGUCCAGCAAUGACUAACACUCAUCGAUUGUAUAUUAUCUAGAUGUCCGACAAAGGUCUGGCGAUGUUGACGUUCCAAAUAACCUGUUGAAUGGGCUCGGCCUCGACCAGGAUCCAGAACUCCUAAAGUUACUUUUAGAGGAAGCGCAAUUGAGAACCAACUUCCCUGAGAAAUGGUUGUACGAAGACGGGAAAGCUGGGUGAGGUUUUCUACAACAGCAACAACAGCAGCAACAACAACAACACGGCAACAGCAACAACAACAACAGCAGCAGCAACAACAACAACAACAACAGCAACAACAACAACAACAACAACAACAACAACAACAACAACAACAGCAACAGCAACAGCAGCAGCAGCAACAACAACAACAACAACAACAACAACAACAACAACAACAACAACAACAACAACAACAACAACAGCAGCAACAGUAACAACGGUCAUAAGCAUGCAUCUAACUAAUAUGGCUUUGAACACAUUCACAUUUGGGUACUUAUUUCAGCAUAUAGGUAUUAUUGCCCCUCUGGUGAAAUAAUCCUGCGUACGACCCUGCAUACUCUCUUAACUCCAGGCAAUUUUACUCGUCGAAGGAAUUCCUAUGGUUAACUAACUGUGCAUAUAUUAUUUUAUCUAUCUUAUAUCUAGCAAAGAUGGUCGUGUUUCGUUUCGUGUCACAGUACCAGACACGAUAACCACUUGGGUAAUGCAGGCUAUUGCCGUGUCAAAUACCACCGGGUUUGGUCUAACUCCGCCGUUCAACUUGAGAGCGUUUAAGCCUUUCUUCGUCUCCAUCAAACUGCCGUAUUCCGCACAGCGUGGCGAACAAGUCUCUGUCAUAGCUACUGUUUUCAACUACAAAAAUACAGCCGAAAUGGUAUGGAAUAAAUACACGCUUGCGAUAACUACGUCAUUUGGCCUGGGAGCCUCGCUCUCAUGAAUUGUGAGCCAAUCACUUUGCGUAAUUUACUAAUGAGAGCGAGACUCGUAAGACCAAAAAGUAUGUGUGACGUAUUUAUCGGAAGGGUGUAUUAUGAUGAUUUUUGAGCAUCUCGUUCGAUAUAAUAGUUGGGGUGUUUUUGAAUACAUGAAAACUAAUAAAAUACAAUAGAAUAGAAUGGAAUGGAUAUGGAAUGGAAUUGGAAUAGAGUUGGAAUAGAGUUGGAAUCGAAUUGGAAUAUAAUUGGAAUAGAAUUGGAAUAGAAUUGGAAUGGAAUUGGAAUAGAAUUGGAAUAGAGUUGGAAUAGAAUUGGAAUAGAAUUGGAAUAGAAUUGGAAUAGAAUUGGAAUGGAAUUGGAAUGGAAUUGGAAUUGAAUUGGAAUUGAAUUGGAAUUGAAUUGGAAUAGAAUGGAAUAGAAUGGAAUAGAGUUGGAAUAGAAUUGGAAUAGAAUUGGAAUAGAAUUGGAAUAGAAUUGGAAUAGAAUUGGAAUAGAAUUGGAAUAGAAUUGGAAUGGAAUGGAAUUGGAAUAGAAUUGGAAUAGAGUUGGAAUAGAGUUGGAAUAGAAUCGAAUUAAAAAUGAAUGGGAGUAGAGUAGAAUUUAACGGCUUGAUGAGCGAUCUUAUUGCCGCACCAACAAAUGAAUAAAAAAUAUCCGUUCUCUUCCUAGGUUUCCGUUUAUCUCUUCAAAAGAGACGGCGACGAUUACUGUACUUAUUCGAAUUUUGGUGCGGGAAGUUCUCUUUACAAAGUUAGGGUUGAUGCCAACGGGGCGGCUUCCGUCUCAUUUCCUGUCGUUCCCACUGAAGUUGGAGAUAUACCUAUCCAGGUAAGAUCACUUUAGGACGGUCUGUCUUUUUUUUCUCGGCUUCGCUCCGGACGGAAGUAAUGUAUAUUUGGUAACGUCCUCACAGUCGGACUGAUAUAUUACAUAAUGUAAUGUUGUUGUUAAAUUUAAAAGAAAAGAAAAUAAUUUUAUUUUUUUUUAAGGUGAGGAUUAUUUCCAGUAAUGGUGAUGGCGAUGGUGAACAACGAAGAUUGAAAGUUUUGGUACGUGUAAUAAAUCUUUAUUGUUGCCAAGGUAGUCGAUAGAAAUGCUGACAGGGGCAAGGGCAAGCAAUCUCUCAAUUUUGUAUAGUUGCCUCUAAAUACAAGCAGUGAUCGCAUAGCGAUUUUACGAUUCGGGGGGGGGGAGAGGCUGGUGCCGCAAACCUUCUAGAGGGGUCAGGGGGCGAGCCUGUUUCCUAAACAAACGAUAAAUUUUUCCAUAUCUUAUCACCAACAGAUCCAUUAAUUUGUAUAUUAAAAUUUCAAACUUUGCAGUGAUAAAUAUACAUAUACGUGUUUUGUGCGAAUAAAAAUAAAUAUUAUAUUAUCGCCAUGGAAAAAUACAAAGUAGGACUGUAAGUUCAUCUAAAAAAGUUAAAAUAACAUACUUGUUUGCUUUUAGCCGGAAGGAAUGGAAAGACAACAGACGCAUUCCGUUGUUUUAGAUCCAUUAGGUAAGACGAUUAUAUUUUCUUAUCGUACAUUUGACAACAUCUUGGUCUUUUUAAACUUAAUUAAACUAACUUUAUUUAUACUGUAUGGCUAUAUCAGACAUUCAGACAUAUCUAACUUGUCCCCCUAGAGGUCCAGUAAGGGCAUUCCUUGCUGGUCCGUUAAUACUACAGGAGGAAACUUUGAUUUCUAUCUUCUGUGACAGGUUUUUCGUAUACUGGCCCAGUACGGGCCUUCUCUUACAGAAGGAAACCUAAAGCAAAAUGUUUUUAUUUAUUUCCUUGUUUUUGUAUAAUUUUGCUAGAUGUCUUGCGGGAUCCUGCCGAUGCCAAGCCUAGCGCUGCGUCAACAACUCCGUCGAAAAUACAAACAUCAACAAGUAAGUUUUCCGAUGACGGGUUUCCAGUAAACGUGCGUAUAGAAACUGCCCAAUAAUUUGUGACGGCAGAAUAACUCUAACAUUAUAAAUAGUGGCUGGUAUCGUUAGUAGUUCCAAGCUGUUUUCCCUAGAGUUCUAGUAUAAAGGCCAUUCCCAGACCAGGAGAAGGUGUUUACCGUUCCCCAAGAAUGCGUAAAAACAAUGGAAAAUUUGACCGCAAAUUACGUCAUUAUGAAUGCAACAACAAAGCAUACUCGAUUGUAUUUAAGUCCGGGUUACAGUACAUGUCUCCAUUGACCGAUAAGGAAGUAUGCUUAAGUUAUAUAACGAUUCCCUAAGGCUCUCCCAUAGUCAAUCGGGAAGUGUUUUUCUUCAAGGAAAAUGAUCGUUAUAGACAUAUAUGAAAUAAUUUGCACCCUGCCAUCAGCACACAGAACAGUCAAAGUAUUAACGCGUAAAAAAUACUGCCGGUUUAUACUUCAAUAUGUAUUUCGUUUUUUAAAGAGGGAAAUGGAAUACAGAAAAACCGACUUAGUCUCAGAUUGCCUGGUUCAACUGUUCCCGAAUCAGAAUAUGCAGUUCUAAAAGUGAUCGGUGAGUAGAAACCAAAGUACCAAAUUAAACUAAGUUUGUGGAUACUGAAUAGCUCUAUCUGUUCUAAACUGUUCUCCUUGGAGGUCCAAUAAGGUGCAUCUCUUAUUGGUCCAAUGUUACUACAGGAGGAAACUUAAUUAAACCAAGCUAAACUAACUUUAUUAUAUACUGGAUAGCUCCAUCAGUUCUAAACUAUUCUUUCUACAGGUCCAACAAAGAUCAUCUCUUAUUGAUCCAGUGUUACUACAUGAGGAAACCUAAACUAGACUAACUUUAUAAAUACUGGAUAGCUCUAUCAGUUCUAAACUGUUCUUCCUAGAGGUCCAGUAAGGAUCAUCUCUUAUUGAUCCAGUAUUACUACAGGAGGAAAUCUAAAUUUACUAAACUAACUUUAUUUUAUUUUAUACUGGACAGUUCUAUCAGUUCUAAAUUCCUUUUCAUAGAGCUCCAGGAUAUUCAACCUCGUACCCAGCUAUCUAUAUAUAUAUAUAAUAUUAAUUUUAGGCAACCUAAUUGGUCCAGCGGUAUCAAGCAUUAUCGAAGGUCGAGGCUUAGACUCCAUCAUCAAGUUGCCUACGGGUUGUGGUGAACAAACCAUGUUAAAACUAGCGCCCAAUGUGUUUGUAUUGAAUUAUCUGAGAAGUACAAAGCAAGUCACACAACAGAUUGAACAAACUGCGUUCAACUUUAUACGAUCUGGUAAGUCGAUUGCAGCUGCCCGUGAACAGUUGGGAUGAAGACACAAUGUAUAGUAAAAACUUGAAUAUUUUACUUCAAUACGCUUUUCGUGUGUCGAACCUAAUGUAAACGACCUAAACUCGCUAUUCCCACUUCUUUGCAUUGAGUUUCGCAAACAAAACGUUCAGUGUUUGAACAAGGUCUAAAGUUUCAAUGUUUUGAAUGAAGACCUUGUUAGUAUCUCGUGUCAGGAAUAUGAUUCUUUUCUACUUGUGUUGUAUUUCAGGUUACCAACGUGAGUUGAACUAUCGUAGAAGUGAUCACUCAUUCAGUGCGUUCGGAAACAGCAGGCCUGGCAGCACUUGGUAAGUAUACUUCCAAUAGAAAGAUCAGAAAUGCCAAAUUAGACAAUUCCCAUUAUAGACUAAUUUUAAAACUAGGCAAAGAGAUGCAAAUAAAUCACGACAGCUAGAAAGAACAUACUAAAAUGAGUAAAACUGCAAAGUUUGGUUGCGAAAUAUUGUAAAAUACGGAAAAUGUAGCCUUGUAAAGUUUGCAAAUUUUGUACAUUCCUAUAUACCACAUUUGGGCCGAAAAUGGUAGCAAUUUCCGCACCCAAUACAAAAGUAUACAAAAUUUGCGAACUUUGCAAGGCUAUAUUUUCCGCAUUUCACAACAUUUCGCAACCAAACUUUGCAAUUUUACUCAUUUUAGUAUGCUCUUUCUAGCUGUGGUGAUUUAUUUGCAUCUCCUUGCCUAGUUUUAAAAUUAGUCUGUAACGGGAAUUGUCUAAUCUAUCUAUCUUCGUACAUGAUCUAUACAAAUAAGGGAAUGCUAUUGGCUACCUUAAUUGUGACGUCAUUCCGUGCGUCUGUCCUCUAAUAGAUCAUGGCUUUCGACCGUGAAAGCGCUUGAAUUCUUAACAUUACUAUUAAAAAUGUCUAGACUAUAGACAAAUGUUGUAUGACCAAUGCGUUUUUAACCAAUCUGGGGCACUUGAUUUUCACAUUUUCCUGGGCAUCCCAGACCCCCCUAGUAGUGCCUUUUUUUUUUGGCAUCCGUAAAUUUACCUGAGGGUCAAACCGCAUGUUAUCUAAAUUAGUUUCAUCUUUUAUUCCUAAAAGUAUUAACUUUUUCUUAUUUUCUUAGGUUGACUGCGUUUGUAAUCAAGACAUUCUGUGCGAUUCAGAAACUUGAUGGAAUUGACAUUGAUCAGAAUGUUAUCAACACUGCAAUAAAUUGGUUGGCGUCACGCCAGCGCGCUGAUGGUGCCAUACCAGAGAGUAAUCCUGUUGUACAUCAAGAAAUGGAUGUAAGUUUGGUUUCUGGGUCUUGUGCAGUAUCUAAUGUGGCAUGGUAUGGUAUGGUGUGGUGUGGUAUGGUGUGGUAUGGAUGGUAUGGUAUGGUAUGGUAUGGUAUGGCAUGGUAUGAUAUGAUAUGGUAUAGUGUAGCAUUGUAUGGUAUGGUAUGGUAUGGUAUGGUAUGGUAUGGUACGGUGUGAUAUGUUACGGUGUGUGGUAUGGUAUUUGGUAUGGUAAGGUAUGGUAUAUGGUAUGGUAUGGUAUGGUAUGGUAUGGUAUGGUAUGGUAUGGUAUGGCAUGGUAUGGUAUGGUAUGGUAUAUGGUAUGGUAAGGUAUGGUAAGGUAUAUGGUAUGGUAUGGUAUGGUAUGGCAUGGUAUGGUAUGGUAUAUGGUAUGGUAUGGUGUAGUAUUGUAUGAUAUGAUGUGGUAUGUUAUGGUGAUGGUGUGUGGUUUGGUAUAUGGUAUAUGGUAUGUUAUGGUAUGGUAUGUUGUAGCAUUGUAUAGUAUGGUAUGGUAUGGCAUGGUAUGGUAUGGUAUAUGGUAUGGUAUGGUGUAGUAUUGUAUGAUAUGAUGUGGUAUGUUAUGGUAAUGGUGUGUGGUAUGGUAUAUGGUAUAUGGUAUGUUAUGGUAUGGUAUGUUGUAGCAUUGUAUGGUAUGGUAUGGUAUGGUAUGGUAUGGUAUGGUAUGGCACAUGGUAUGGUAUCGUAUGGUACGGUACGGUACGGUAUGGUAUUAUUUGGUUUGGUGGUUUUGAUUUCAUAUACAUUAUCUUGUAUAUUAUUUCUUCAAACUUCAAAAUAUUUGUUUUCUUAGGGUGACAUCAAUAGCGACAUAACAAUGACUGCAUAUGUUGUUACAACUUUCCUAGAGUGCAAGAGUUUCACGGCGGUGAGCGAAAGAUUAAGUAUUUUCCUUGGAAAUUUUUUUAUAACAAUUUCGACCGGAUAGCUCCAUCACUGCCAAACUGUUCUUCGUGCAGAUGAAAUAAAAUCCAUCCCUAAUAGGUCCCGCACUUUCACAUAAUUUUUUCACAGAAGAAAAUUACACUACAGGGAAAACCUACGGUGUUUGGUAGAGUCAUGCUGGAAUCGCUUUUCUCACACAUGAGACUAAAGGCCCGUUGCUGUGAUUUCUAGUGGGAUUUUCUUUUUUCUGAUGCACGUGAACGAGCAGAUGAGUUGUGAAAGUUCUGAGUAUAUAUAUGUCCCCUCAUCUGAACAUUCAUACCAAAUUUUCGAUACCAAAUUGAGCGUACCAUUUCUAUUCUAAUUUAGAACUCCGUUCAAACCGUGAAAAACGCUGUGGCAUACUUGGAGAACAUGCAGCCGAAUGUCGGACGUGUUUAUGUGAAAGCAGUGAUCGCGUACGCCUUGGCAUUGGCCAACAGUCCUUUGAAGCUCAAUGCAAACCAAGAUCUGUUAAACUCCGCGCGCUAUGAUGCUGGUACGUAUAUAUACCUUGCGCUAAGCGAUUAAAUCUGUUGGGAAAAAUUGCAAGGAAUAAACGCGUUUCUAAAUGAUCACGAGUAAUAUCUGGAAGAGCUAUCUCUUAUUGAUCCGAUGUUACUACAGGAAGAAACCUAAACUAACUUUAUUUAUAUUGGAUAGGCUGGAUAGCUUUAUCAGUUCUAAACUGUUAUCCCUAUAAAGUCCAGUAAAAGUCAUAAGUUAUUGAUCCAGUGUUACUAUAUAGGAGGAAACCUAAACUAAACUAUGUUUUUUAUGCUGGAUAGCUCUAUCAGUUCUAAACUGUUCUCCCUAGAGGUCCAGUAAGAGUCAUCACUUAUUGAUCCAGUGUUAUACUACAGGAGGAAACUUAAAACUAAAUUAACUUUUUUUAUAUUGGAUAGCUCUGUCAGUUCCUAACUGUUCUCCCUAGAGGUCCAGUAAGAGUCAUCUCUUAUUGAUCCAGUGUUACUAUAGGAGGAAACCUAAGCUAAACCAACUUUAUUUACAUUGAAAAACUCAAACAUUCGUGUUUUUAGGUAAGAACACACGCUACUGGCAUGACGGUCAAGGCGGCAAUGCUAUUGACGUGGAAACGACAUCGUAUGCACUGCUCACGCAAAUGGCUCUGCAAAGGCGUGGUUACGCAGGGCCUAUCGUAGUUUGGCUAACAGAACAAAGGAAAGGAGGCGGAGGCUUUAUUUCUACCCAGGUAGCUGAAAUAUAUACGAAAUUUAAUUCUAUAAUUCCAUACGUUUUCUGCUUUUUGAAUAGCGAUUAGCAGAACUUCUACUGUUAGCGCGUAUUGAUUUCUUGUGAGCUCACGAGAAAACUUUAGAACGCUUUAGCUAAAUAUCAUGGUUAAAUAUGUAAACAUGUCGAGGUUGUUAUACUGACUCAACUUAUACAGCCGUAUUUUCAAAUAUACUGUACUUUAACAAGCAAAUGUACCGUACCGUGUUACAACAACUGUCCAGUCAUGCAUGCAUACGUGAUAAAAAGCCGAUAUAAACUUUAUAAACAAAAGAUAAUGUAAAACGUAACAGAACAGCGAACAUGCAGAUUCGGCCAUCUCAAAUAAUGGUAAUGUUGGGAUAGUGGCGUUGCAGACUGCAGAGGAGAGUGGGCAGUAAGGCUCCCUCAUGCACCACCCCAUUGAAAAUCUACACCCCUCCUUGCAGAUGUGGUUAGAUUCGCCCCUGGGUCAACUAGAUUUCUUUGGUAUUUUUCUCAUGAAUUAUAAAAUAUGAUUCACAAAACUCACUGACAACCCAUGUUCUCCAUCUUGCCAGGAUACAUGUGUUGCACUACAAGCUUUAGCUGCUUAUAGCGAGGCCACAGGAGGCGAUCAACUCAACCUUCGUAUAGAGAUCACCACAGACAGAGAGUACAAGAAGACGUUGAUGAUCAACCAGAAAAAUGCUUUGGUACAACAGCAAUUGGACGUAAGUUAUGUAAUGUAUUUGUAACGGUCGCUUCGCAAGCUCGAGAUUUUGAGACGAUGACGAUUUUCCUUACAUUGCGACCCCUUCCAGGCGAUCUCGGAACUCGGAAAAGGCCUGGCACUAGUUGUAAAAUAGAAAUCCAUUUCUGGUUUAAAAUUACUCAAUAUCUCAUUAACGGUAUUAGAUUUCUAUCUCAAAUUUGUCCCAGAUAUUCAUUUCUCUGUGCAAUACACAGACACAAAGUUUCAAACAGUUUCACAACGAAUCAGGGCGUGACAAGUGAUUAAGAGUACGAAACUGGAUUUCUAUUCUGUUGCUAGUCCCAGUCUUUUUGCUCACCGUCAGAUCACCUGGUUGUAUAUAGGAUGGUUUACCCUAUCAAAGUUUCUGUGAUCACAGUAGGAAUUUUGCAUGAGUAAAUUCUAACCUUUGAAGGAUUUGUAAGAAAUAUUUGAGGGAACUGUCUUACAAUGAUGGUUUAACAUAUGCAACUCACAUUCUUUCUGCAGGAGGAAUAUCAAUCUUAUACCAUAUUUGUUUUACAGAUUACCAAUCUGAUCGGGGACGAAUUAUUUAUCCAAACAAAAGGUUCUGGAGUGGCACAGUUACAGGUAAUAUAUAUUGUGUAUAGAUGUGUUUGUGUUACCGUCAGAGGUUGACUCAUACAUGCAACACGUCAUCAAAACCAAGGAGCCAGAUUUCUAGAUUAAUUUGCAAUACGUUCAAAACUUGCAAAAGUUAUCAGUAAACAUGAAGCUCUGGGAAGAUGUUCUGUGACUGGUUGAUUAUGACAAUGACAAAAGACGUAAUUGGCUUACAUAAACAAAAGGAAUAUUGUUCUUGCUUCGUUCUUUAGAAAAUCCAUUCUAUUGCUUAUUCUUUUGUCAUUGUCAUAAUCAACCAAUCACAGAACAUCUUCCUAGAGCUUCGUGCCGACCCAAAGUUAUUGAUACUGUAAACCUCCGAAUAUAAGCCAUGGACUUAUAUUUGUUCUUUUGAUGUUAGUAAUAAUAUUUAUUGUACCUCUGAAUGCAAAGGAAAACAAACAUACAAGAUAUAUCACAUAGUAAAAACAAUUUGGUUAACAUAUUAUAAUACUGUAAUGUAUAAUUAUCGUCAUUCGUCGGGGCUGUUGGAAUCCCAGUCGCUAUAUAGAUACCUGUCCAAUAGUAAGCCAUGGGCUUAUACCAUAGAAAUAAUAGAUAUCUAUUAUUUUUAUGGCUUAUACACACAGAGAGGCAUAAUUAUAUUCGUGCUUUGAAUGCCAAUACUUAUACUCUAAACAGGCUAAAACCGUAUAAAUGUAUUAGUAAAGCUUAACUAAACAGCGCUAGAGAUUAUCUACUCGCAGUAAGAUUUGGCGUGAUAUCAUAUUCUAUUUUACGUCCAGUCGAGUUAUGAAAAAUUUGAAAAUUUGUAGCGAAUAGCGAUUGUUGCUUGAAAGGUAACCAACUUUUUCGCUACAGCAGCGAACCCUGCGAACCUACAUCCACUUUGCUACUAGGGAACUUUAGAUUCGCUACGGCUACGAAAUCUAGUACGACUACGAGAUUUUUUCCAUUAAAUAUCAGCUACUAAAAACUUACAAUAGUACGUGGUUUGGCGCAACUGUUGCUAUAAAGAUGUGGUAUGCAAAAGAAAGGACGAUAAAAAGUCUAUAGUAGCAGAUAUUUAACGGGGAAAAUCUCGUAGUCGUACCAGAUUUCGUAGCCAACGUAGUCGUUACGACUCCAAAGUUCCCUACUAGCCCCCUAGCUACCUUGACCUUUUCUAUUGAUAAUUCAUGAUAAAUUUCUGAUCAGGUUGAAACGCAAUACAACACCCCUCCAACUAAACAGGAGGUCUGCCAGUUCGAUCUGAGCGUCAGCACCAUUGAACGAGUUAGAAGGUUUCAUGACCAACCCAUACUUGUUGUGCCAAAACCGACGAAAGCGCCAAAGAAAAGAAAACCAAAGGCAAAGGGUAGAAGGAAUAAGAAAUGUCGACGAAAGAAUGGCAGGAGGUGCAAGCGAUGCAAGGGCAGGAGAUGUAACAGACGCCGAAAUAAACCCAAACCUACAACACCCGCACGUCCAGUUUCUACACGAGCCCUCCCUAACGAUGCACCCGCGCCUAACUCGGUAUCCAUCAAGAUAUGUGCUAGGUAAGUUGGCAAUCUAACAAAAUUUCUAGGAAUCGAACCAGCGACUUUGGUUGCGAUCCUGCUGACAGAUUACAAACACACACACACACGCACGCACGCACGCACGCACGCACAAACAAACAAACAAACAAACAAACAAACAAACAAACAAACAAACAAACAAACAAACAAACAAACAAACUGACCGCGGUGAAAACAUAACCUGCCUGAGGUAUUAGGAUCCGGAUUUAAAUUCUACUCCCGCUGACCAAUCAGAUAUGUUUAAUCUUAUGUUUAAUCUUUCCGAUCAACCAAUCAGCUGACGUCUACUCCACCAUUGAGAGAGGUGAUGAAAGUCAAAUCUGAGGGUUAUAGAUUCAUGUCUCGCUCUUUUUGAGUGCUAAUCCUUCCCGUAUAACCGUAACCACUGACCUAGGAUCAGUCACGAUCUUUCUCACCAGCCGAAAUACUAGAACUGAAAAUAUGCGGAGUGAUUAAAACUAGAGAAUAUUUAUUUAUCCACGGUGGAAUCUUCAGUAUAGGCCUAUAUAUAUAUAUAUAUAUAUAUAUAUAUAUAUAUAUAUAUAUAUAUAUAUAUAUAUAUAUAUAUAUAUAUAUAUAUAUAUAUAUAUAUUCAUAUAUAUAUAUAUAUAUAUAUAUAUAUAUAUAUAUAUAUAUAUAUAUAUAUAUAUAUAUAUAUAUAUAUAUAUAUAUAUAUAUAUAUAUAUAUAUAUAUAUAUAUAUAUAUAUGUGUGUGUGUGAUUUACAGGUAUAAACUAUUAUGAGGGUCUAAAUGGGGGAGGGGGGGGGGGGGGGGUUGAAAAUCAGUAAACGGUAAAAAUAUUUUGGUAUUUUAACGGUAAAAUUUUGGUACUUUAAUGGUAAAUCUUUGAAAAGUGUUCUGAAACGUUAAACGAUAUUUUCCCCUCACGCUUCACGGUAAAUUUUUAGAGUUUUCACAACUGACGGUAACCGAAAUUGAGUGAAUCACGACUCACGAUAUACCCCAUCAACACCCUCUAUUAUAAACUGGCCGUUGAGAAAGAUCGCGGCCAUUGUGACCACGUGGAGAUCAGGCUUAAGAUGCGGUUAUUUAAGAUGUACAAACUAAGCCUGUUCUUGUCAUUGUAAGGGUGAUGUACCAUAACAAAUAGGGCACAUUAAGGCUUGUAAAUAUAUUUACCUGUUGAGUUUCAUUGUGCCCCAAUGUCCCUACUUUAUAUUUUAUUCUUUCUAACACCAGACCAUUUACUCGUCAAGGGGCGAGUGCUGCUACUGGGUUAUAUAAUCAAACUAUCUGUCCAUGUGUCUAGUUAGCCCAUUAAGUUGCAUAACACUCCAACGCGCCCUACUUUAUUAUUUUACUUUGUCUAACACCAGACAAUUUUACUUAUCAAUGGGAGAGUGCUGGCAAUCAAUGGGUUAAAACUGUUGAUUGAUUGAUUGAUUGAUUUGACUUUAUUUAAAGAGGGUAAACACAUGACAGUAUCCGCGAAGACACUGAUAACCUAGUGCCAUUAGGAGUGAAAUGUGCAUUAUACAAAUGUUUAAUGAGCUAAUGACAUUCUUGUCAUUGUGAGUUGUAACCGCAAUAUAACCUACAAAUAUCAUGUCUUUAAUCUAACUCUAUAUUUUGUCCAGAUUCAAGAAGGCUGGAGCCAGUGCAGGAAUGUCAAUAAUUGACGUUGGAAUUUUGACAGGAUUCAGCGUUAAACAGGAAACUUUAGUUGAGGUAAAUCUUCAACCCUUGACUUUUAUGAGCAUAUGU